AUGAUGAUUCACGGCUUUAAAAGCAGUAAUCAAGACUUUAGCUUUGGACCAUGGAAGCUCACAGCUAUCAAGACUCAUAUUAUGAAAUCAGCUGAUGUGGAAAAACUGGCUGAAGAAAUGCACAUGCCCUGUCUUCCCUGAGAUGAUGUUUGGCGACAAUGUCCUAAGAAUUCAACACACUCCUCUGGCUUUGGUAUAGAAUUUAAUGCUAAAGAUGCUCUUAAAAGAGUCAAUAAGAAGGAGGGAGCCGUAAAGGUAGCUUGUGCUGAAGAGUGGCAAGAGAGCAGGUCAGACAACGAGCAUAGCAAAGAAAUUGUAAAGCCCUAUGACUGGACUUACACAACUGACUAUAAAGGAACAUUGCUAGGUAAUGACCUGAAGUUCAAUGUUGUCACGACAACUGAACGAAUUAACACAGAAAAAUUGAAGACAAGAGAACAAAUCAUGUUUUUCGAGGAGGUUUUGUUGUUUGAAGAUGAGCUCCAUGAUCACGGAGUAUCUGGCUUGAGCGUUAAAAUCAGAGUCAUGCCUUCCAGUUUUUUCCUCCUUCUUAGAUUCUUCCUUAGAGUAGAUGGUGUCCUCAUCCGAAUGAAUGACACACGACUUUAUCAUGAAAGUGACAAAACGUACAUGCUGAGAGAAUACACAUCCAGGGAGAGCAAAAUCAGCAACCUUAGCCAUGUGCCCCCUCCUCUUUUCACAGAGCCCAAUGAGAUCUCUCAGUAUUUACCUGUGAUGGAAGCAAUGUAUGAAAAGUUAGAAUUCCCAUUGAUACCGCCAGAAGAAACAAGUGACUCUCCUAAAUCAACAAGCCCCAUAAAAUCUUUGUAG